GUUUCUACUGCAUGCUUACUUCAAUUUCAGGAGCCUGAGUGUAGUACGAAGCGAGAGAUUUCAUAUACAUGUCACCUGGAGAUGAACCAUAUCAUCCUAUUCCUGAAAUUCUCAGUAUCCGAGUAUCGAAUGCUCAAACUGCGCCCCUGUGCGAACUACAGCCAUGAAAUUGCCGUUCUAUGCUUUAGUUAUCGCAAUAAUCCAUAACUCCCUCCUCGCAUGUGGGACAACUUUUGGACCGGUCGACCAGAAGCCGCUCGCCCCCCUGAAUGGCGGCGGCACGGGCCAGAAUCAGUCGAGGCCGAAUAUUGUCUUUAUUCUCACGGAUGACCAGGACCUUCAUAUGAACUCACUUGAUUAUAUGCCAUUUGUGAAAAAGCAUCUGAUCGAUCGUGGUACUUUUUUCAAGCGACACUUCGCCACAACGGCUCUAUGUUGCCCCUCUAGAGUUACACUAUGGACGGGCAAGUUGGUGCAUAAUACUAAUGUGACCAACGUCGUUGCCCCAUAUGGCGGUUACUCCAAGUUUGUCAGUCAGGGGCUAAAUGACGAUUAUCUUCCGAUCUGGUUGCAGGAAUCGGAUUACAAUACUUUCUACACCGGAAAAUUUCUGAAUGGUCAUUCGACUGAUUCGUAUGAUAAACCACAUGCUAGGGGUUGGAAUGGCUCGGACUUUCUACUGGACCCAUUUACUUACUGGUAUAUGAAUAGCACCUAUCAACGAUAUCACGACACACCAGUGAGUUACGAAGGCCAGCAUAGUGUCGAUGUACUGGCAAAGAAGGCGCUGGGACUAUUAGAUGAAGCAUAUGAAGCUGGGAAACCGUUCUUCCUCGGUCUUGCACCUGUCGCGCCACAUGCCAAUUUGUAUUCGCCCGCUUUCCGGCACGGUAAUCACAGCGAGCUCGAAGAUAUCGAGUUCUCGCCACCAGUCCCAGCAGACAGACAUUCAACCCUCUUUGAAGGAGCAAAAGUCCCGAGAACGGCCAAUUUCAAUCCAGAUAAGCCGUCUAGCACCAGUUGGAUCCGGAAGCUGCCGAAACAGAACCAGGAGACCGUCGAUUACAAUGACCACUUCUAUCGGCAACGACUUCGAGCUCUCCAGGGCGUGGAUGAGAUUGUGGAUUCCGUAGUUCGCCGCUUGGAAGCCCUGGAUAUCUUGGACAAUACGUAUAUCAUUUACACCACGGAUAAUGGGUAUCAUAUCGGCCAGCACCGGAUGGCGCCGGCCAAGCAGUGUAGCUUUGAGGAAGACAUCAACAUCCCCAUGAUCAUCAGAGGACCGGGAGUUCCCGAGGGGUCAACCAGCGAAAUCAUCACUACUCACGCCGACUUUGCACCUACAUUACUAGAGAUAGCCGGCGCUCCCCCGCGGGAAGACUUCGACGGCCUCGCAAUCCCACUAACGGCAUACGGCCUCAAAGAAGCCAGCGAAACACGCCACGAGCACGUAACAGUAGAGCACUGGGGCUUCGCCUCGAACGAAGGCCAGGUCUUCGACUGGUACCCGCGCCUGCACACGAACAACACGUACAAGGCGCUCCGCGUCAUCAGCAACACGCACAACCUUCACUACCAGGUCUGGUGCAGCAACGAGCACGAGCUGCACGACCUGGCCACGGACCCGGGGCAGAUGGUCAACCUCCUGCACCCCGACGAGCAGCAAGCCCCGGCGACGAUAGCGGGAGCGCCGCUCGAGAAAGUAGUCGCUAGGCUGGACGCGCUGCUCUUCGUGCUGAAGUCGUGCAAGGCGGCGACGUGCGUUGAUCCGUGGAAGGCCCUGCACCCAAAGGGGAAUGUCGCGAGUUUGGCGGACGCGCUUUCGCCGCGGUUUGACGGGUUCUAUGAGGAGAAGGAGAGGAAGAUGAGGAUUCAGUUCGAGAGGUGCGAGAUGGGGUUCUUGCUUGAUGCUGAGGGGCCGCAGUUUAAGGAGGAGGAGGUGGCGUUUAGGUUUGAUCCGAAGUGGCAUGAGUGGACUUAGUGAGAGACUGUGCUCUUAUGAUUACCUAUCUAUGAAAGUGAGGUUCCUAGGGAAUCAUGACUAGUUGGGAUUUGGAAAGAGAACAUGUCACGCUCAGGGUGGUCACGUGAGACGGAUUACAUAACGCUACUCAAGCAAGAAAAGUUUGGUGACUAACUAAGCAUUGUGUGUGAUAAAAGAAAAAGAAAAUGCGGCGAAAAGGAGAAGUUAGGAUGUGUUGUCAUAGUGAUGGGUAGACGGCAAACGGCAACCGGAUAAGUGGAGAAGCGGCACUCGACGGUGACCCGUUCAUUCCAUCAGAUGUCGGAAUAUUUUGGUUGUGGUCAUGCUGUGGCGUACAGCUAUGUAUGCAGCCAUGCAGCCAUGGUAGGUAUCGUGAUGGAUAGAUGGAUAGAUGGAUCCAUUGGUGGAGCGUUAACGCAAGUC